GGAACAAGUGACAAGGGAACUAGAGAGCAGAAAGUCUUGGGAGGAAUGAAGAGAAUGAUUUGGUUGAUAUUUUGAGACUAGAUUAGUGAUGUAGUUAGGGGCAGAAUUGUGGAUGGCUUUAUAUGUUGUCUUUAAACCAGGGGCGGACUGACAACUCAUGGGGCCCCCGGGCAAUAGGGGAUCAUGGGGCCCCUGUGUCCUUGCCCACACUCAAAGCACACCCAAAAAAGCCUAUAAAAGGUACCAGGGGCACUUCAUAGGGCCCUCUACUGACCCCGGGCCCUCGGGCAGCGCCCAAGGUCAGUCCGCCCCUGCUUUAAACAGCUCUGUG